AUUUCAUUGGAACUUUCUUCGUCCGGGACGGAUCGAUGUUUCCUUCAUGUCCUCCUGUCAGACGCUCCUGGACAGAGAGGGGACACACUGUCAGUCCAUGGGGGGCGUCUGUCCUCACUGACACGGGACACACGCUCACUGGGGCGACGGUUUAAACGCUGUGGAGAGAAAUAUCCUCCCUGGAAACUACGGAAAUACACGAACACGGCGUCAAAAAAUACUGAAAGCAGUGACCCGGAGUCGGCAUGGACCAGUUGCAUACUUGAAGUCUCAUCCUGAACGAGUCAUUACUUGAUGACCUUGCACCUUUGAAUGCCGACGGCCCCAAAGAUGGAGGAGCAAUCCGGUCUCCCCAAUGUCAGCAUACCCUGCCACAAUGAGCAGAGGGACAAGAAAAAGCGUUACACAGUUUACAAAGUGAUAGUUUCUGUUCGACAACAAGAAUGGUUUGUCUUCAGGCGAUACGCUGAAUUUGACAAACUCUACAACAUAUUAAGAAAACAGUUUCCAUCUAUGAACCUGAAAAUUCCAGCAAAGAGAAUAUUUGGGGAUAAUUUUGACCCCGAAUUCAUCAAGCAAAGAAGAGCAGGGCUGCAUGAGUUCAUCAAGAGGCUCGUAACAGAUCCUCAGCUUUGCAACCAUCCAGAUGUCAGGGCCUUUCUACUGAUGGACAAAAUGCAGAACUUUUCAGAUGCCUCUGAGGAUGAAGAUGACAAAAACAACUCUACCUCCAGAAACAUUAACCUGGGACCUUCUGGAAAUCCACUUGCCAAACCCAGCGACUUUGACUUUUUAAAAGUCAUAGGAAAGGGGAGUUUCGGGAAGGUCUUCCUCGCGAAACUUAAACACGAUGAAAAGUAUUAUGCAGUCAAGGUCUUACAGAAAAGGGUCAUUCUCAACAGGAAAGAGCAAAAGCACAUCAUGGCCGAGCGCAACGUGCUGCUGAAGAAUGUGAAACACCCUUUCUUGGUUGGGCUUCAUUAUUCCUUCCAGACCGCAGACAAGUUAUACUUCGUCUUGGAUUUCAUCAAUGGAGGAGAACUCUUCUUCCAUCUUCAAAAAGAGCGGACCUUUCCAGAGCCCCGAGCAAAAUUCUACAUCGCUGAAAUGGCAAGUGCACUGGGAUAUUUGCACUUGCUCAACAUUGUUUACAGAGACUUGAAACCAGAAAACAUCCUCCUUGACCAAGAAGGGCAUAUCGUUUUGACGGACUUUGGGUUGUGCAAGGAAGGCAUUUCCCAGACCGACACCACCACCACGUUUUGUGGAACACCUGAGUACUUGGCUCCAGAGGUCCUGAGGAAACAGCCGUAUGAUAAUACAGUAGACUGGUGGUGUCUGGGUUCAGUGCUGUAUGAGAUGCUCUUCGGCCUGCCGCCAUUCUACAGCAGGGACACACAUGAGAUGUAUGACAACAUCCUCCACAAGCAGCUGGCGAUGCGUCCCGGUGCGUCCAGCACUGCCUGGUCUCUGCUCCAGGGCCUGCUGGAGAAAGACGGCACACAGAGACUUGGGUCCAGGGAUGAUUUUAAUGAGAUCAAAGCCCACAGCUUCUUCUCCUCCAUCAACUGGGAUGACCUCGAACAAAAGAAGAUCACUCCUCCAUUCCUACCAAAAGUGAGCUCGUACUGUGACAUCUCAAACUUUGACACCGAGUUCACGGAGGAGAUGGUCUCCGACUCCGUGUGUUGGUCUCAAGAACAUUCCAUAGUCAACGCCAGUGUAAUGGAGGCCGACGAUGCCUUUGUGGGCUUCUCCUACGCCCCACCGUCUGAUGACUCUUUCCGGUGAAACAUUCCCCCGAGUGCCUUAACCAUCGUAACUUAUUUUGAUUAAAGGGAAGCAAUUUCUACCAUGGAUGAAUUUGUUCUAUGAAGCCAAAGCACGCAGCUGAAAGGAAACAGCACUAAACUAUAUUGUGAUUGGAAAAACAAGUGCCAGAAAAGUCUUUAUUUUUUACCUAUUUGUAUUUAUAUAAAUAUAUUAUACAUAACGGAUGAUGUUUUUAAGAAUUAAGGACGACCAUUCGCUAUUAAUGCAAUUUCUGUAAGUUUCAAUAAUGAGCCUUUAUAAAGCCUUAAAUUUGUCCCUCCAAUCACGUCAAAGAAUCAGGUUCUGAAAGACUUGAGCAACUCACUGGACUUAAAAUGUCACGUUUGACUGUCCAUGUAAUUACUGUAUAAAACAAACUUGUGUAUCAUAUUCACAGUAACUAGUUUGGAAAUAGGGGAGUACUUGAAAGGCCGCUGAAAUAUGCAUUUUGGUUUAUAGGUCACGUUUAUAAAAUAAAUAAAUCUACUUUUAUCAGUUACUUUUCACUCUGUC